AUGAACGUGGGUCUACUGUUUGUUGUCUUGGUGCUCCUUGCCUUCGCGGGGACCCCUGUAACUGCAGAUUUCUUUUACAAUCCCAAUCCUCCAAAAAUAGAAGAAUUAGGGGACAGAGGUCUUAAAUGUGUCCCAGGUCGUACUAUUAUUAAAAUAGUUCAAAAACCAAACAUUACCCAGUAUGAAACGGAAGAAGAGGAUUAUAUUUGGCAUAGAGAUGAGAUACCCUAUGAAGCGAAAUCAAAAUGUCUCCGAGGCACGUCCUACUACAGUAACAGUCUCAAUGCGAAUGACACAGACAUAGACGUGGCCAGCGAGAUCGAGUCCCUUCUAGACUACGAUAAUAUCGAUGUUUGCUUCUUCUGUGUCUGUUCUGUUGACGCUAAAGCCGCUAGUUGUAUUAACCGAGAUCCCUGGUUCUGUGAAUACUACAGAAUCAUAAAAGAACCAGAUGCGAUGAGGCAUAAAUACACAAAAAUGUUCCAGCAAGACCGUCCCGCAUAUUUCAGGCAACUUUCGUACAGAUUACGGCGGACUAUGGAUGAUUCUAUGUUUGAGUUGAUAGAUAAGGUGGGUGACAAAAUAGAUGAUUCAAAAUGUGUGCCAUUUGUGUCGGAGUACUCAGAUUGUACAGAUGAAAACAUGUGCACUGGUUGCACCAAAUGUCAUUGCACAGAGGAAGGCAAGUGGGCAUGCAAGGACAUCAUCUCUUGCCCUGAUGAUGAUGAUGGUGAAGAAAACAGCCUCAACGGUGAUAGCGUCUAUAGUGCCAUCGACGUUUUGAUGUCUGGUUAUUUGAUUGCUGUAAAAGAAAAGCACUGA